UCCGAAGUACCCUAUUUGUCUUCGUCACUCGGCGACGACCGAAAGCACCGAAAGGGUCUUUUGCGUCACGCGGCUCUAGGUUCCGUGAAGGCGGAGGCGGAGUGUCCAGUGGCUGACGGGCAGGAUCGUGGUGUGGACUGCGAAGGCUCCACGAAGGCAGAGGACGCAGAACGCCCGUUGCUCGAGGAGGAUCACGACUACGGGGAAAACGGCGGCUCUGAAGGGGAAGCGUCCGGUGCACCGGAAGACCUCCACCUGCGCAUCGCCGAGUCGUUCUCGCUGGCCACCCUGGUCGUCGACGAGGGGCCGGUGGGGGCGGCUUUGCGAAAGAACCCAGCCAGGAAGACGCGGCCUGCCUUCGAGGGCGGGGAGAGCUCCGGCAAGGCAGAGGGCCGCGAGCAGCGGCCGGGAAGUCUCGCCGGGAAGGGGCGCUACUCGUGCACGGAGUGCGGCCAGCGGUGUCCCUCAUCUUCCCACCUCAAGAUCCACUCCAGGGUCCACACCGGGGAGAGGCCUUUCGAGUGUGGUUCAGUGAAGACGGAGGACCCAGAUCGCUCUGCGCCGAACGGACGGGACCUCGAGGAGGACAGCGGCUCUGGAGGCGAAGCGUCCGGUGCACCGGAGGACCUCCCCCUGCGCAUCGCCGAGUCGUUCUCGCUGGCCACCCUGGCCGUCGACGAGGGGCCGGUGGGGGCGGCCCCGCGGAAGAACCCAGCCAGGAAGACGCGGCCUGCCUUCGAGGGCGGGGAGAGCUCCGGCAAGGCAGAGGGCCGCGAGCAGCGGCCGGGAAGUCUCGCCGGGAAGGGGCGCUACUCGUGCACGGAGUGCGGCCAGCGGUGUCGUACACCUUCACUCCUCAAGACCCACUCCAGGGUCCACACCGGGGAGAGGCCUUUCGAGUGUGGUGCAGUGAAGACAGAGGACCCAGAUCGCUCUGCGCCGAACGGACGGGACCUCGAGGAGGACAGCGGCUCUGGAGGCGAAGCAUCCGGUGCACCGGAGGACCUCCACCUGCGCAUCGCCGAGUCGUUCUCGCUGGCCACCCUGGCCGUCGACGAGGGGCCGGUGGGGGCGGCCCCGCGGAAGAACCCAGCCAGGAAGACGCGGCCCGCCUUCGAGGGCGGGGAGAGCUCCGGCAAGGCAGAGGGCCGCGAGCAGCGGCCGGGAAGUCUCGCCGGGAAGGGGCGCUACUCGUGCACGGAGUGCGGCCGGCACUGUCCCUCAUCUUCCCACCUCAAGAUCCACUCCAGGGUCCACACCGGGGAGAGGCCUUUCGAGUGUGGUGUGUGUGGGAUGAAGUUCAUUCAAAAGAGUAAUCUUACCACGCACAGUCGGAUCCACACCGGGGUGAGGCCGUACGAGUGUGGUGUGUGUUGGAGGAAGUUCUCUCUAAAGACUCAUCUAAGCAGGCACAGUCUGAUCCACACCGGAGAGAAGCCUUUCGAGUGCGACUUUUGUGGAAAAAAGUUCGCGGACCAAAGUCAUUUUGCACGGCACAAACGGCUUCACACCGGAGUGAAGCCUUUCGAGUGUGACGACUGCGGGAGUAAGUUCGCCAGGAAGGACGAACUGCGAAGCCACAUGACGCACAAGCACCUUGCGAAGAAACCAUAGUGCGAAACGCUGCGUCGGGAAGCUCCGUCCGUGGAAACACGAACGCCCUUGACAUUAUAUCGAUUUUUUUUAUUUUGGCGUUUGUUACGCGAAAAAUCUUUUUGUUGGUGGGGAAGAGAGUCCUAUGGUGGAAGUUAAUUUUGAAUUGUGUACUCCUUUUUCGUUUGUAUAAGCAUUGGGGCUGAGUUGGUUGAGGAUAAAUACAUCUAUGUAAGAUUGUGA